AUGACCUGCACACAAAUAGACGUAAUCAAACAGAUGAAGCGAUUUUACAACCCGAGGGAAAACAUCAAUUGGACUCUGAUUCGAUUCCGACACAGAGUAUCCCAAUUACGAAAAAAAAAAUUAAAAUAUAAAAACCACUCCAAGGUUGCUUUACGAUUUCGCUUAACCAGAUUUGGAUGGGAAAGGUUACAGUCAGGUCGAAAUGCGAGUAAAAGAAAUUUGUCCGUUAAAAAGUACAAUGAAAAAAUGAAAAUAAAAUACGUCUCACGGGAUGACAUCAAGAAGUUCAAAUUCCAAAUGCCUAGCUAUGUCCUGCGGAUACGCGACUCUCCGGUUGAUUACAACCCCAACAUUAUGCGUGCUCGCAAGUUUUUGCCUUCGCACUUC